AUGGACUACGCGAUGGAAGACACUCAGAACACCGCUCCUCAAGCCCACGAGGCAUCCAAGCUCGGUGCUUCCGCCCCACGAGGCGACAUCCAGAGCGUCACCAAACGCUUGCAGUCAGAGCUGAUGCAGCUUAUGCUCUCGCCAUCACCUGGAAUUUCGGCCUUCCCUAAUGCUGAUGGCAACCUGCUCUCGUGGACAGCAACCAUCGACGGGCCGACGGAGACGCCUUACGAAAACUUGACCUUCAAACUCUCCUUUGCAUUUCCUAAUAAUUAUCCUUAUGCUCCACCAACAGUGCUUUUCAAGACCCCCAUUUACCACCCCAACGUCGACUUUUCAGGUCGGAUUUGUCUGGAUAUCUUGAAGGAUAAGUGGAGUGCCGUGUACAACGUGCAGAGUGUUCUGCUCAGCCUGCAGAGUCUUCUUGGCGAGCCAAAUAAUGCGAGUCCCCUAAACGGCCAAGCCGCGGAGCUAUGGGACAGCAAUCCAGAAGAAUUCAAGCGCCAUGUGUUGGCCAGGCAUCGGGACAUCGAAGAUGAUGAAUGA